CCUCGGGCGGUUCGGGGUUGGCGUCGCUCCGGUCCUACGGCGGCCUGGCGUCAAGGGGCGCCGCUCCUGUCCGGAAUACCCGGGGGAGCCACCGGGGGCGCUCCCUUCUCACAGUCCGCCUUCCCCGCGUUGGCGGCCGGACGGGACCCCGAGGAGGCGGCCGUCCCUCCCCCGAUAGACUUCUCCUGGCGCGGAGGCUCGUCGCGGGCCAUGGCGGCGGAGGGCGGGCCCGAGGAGGAGGCCGGGCGUCGCGCGCCCCCGCCCCGUUACGCCGUCAUCAAGCGGGCCGGGAGACGUGGCGGCGCCCCGUUCGGCUUCCUGGCGCGGGCCCGACCCGGAGCCGAGCUCGGCCCCGCCUCAGGCAGGCAGGCCCGGCCGCCGGGGAGGGGAUGUCGUCGGCCAGCGAAGGCCCCGCCGCCGCCCCGCCGCCCGCACAGGAGAGCGGAGCGCCCCCCGCCGCCGCCCCCCGCAUGGCCCGGCGACCCGAGGUGCUGUGCGGCGCCGCCGUGGUGCUGGGCUGCGCCUGCCUGCUAGCGCUGCGGGCCUCGUGCAGCCGUGCAAAAGAUGUGACGAUGCCUGCCAAGCUGCCUGUCAGCUUCUUCCCUUCGACGUCACCAGUCCACGAUCUCUUUCUUGGGCAGCUGGAUCAAGCGGAGGACAUCCGUCAAAGUUCAGAGAUCUCGCUGUUUUUUUUCUACGCUCCAUGGUGCGGCCAGUCAGCCGCUGUGCGGGAAGAGAUCGAGCAAGUGGCAAAGAGCCUGGCGGACCAGGUGUUGUUUGUAGCCAUCAACUGCUGGUGGAACCAAGGGAAAUGCAGAAAACAGAAGCAUUUUUUCUACUUUCCCGUGAUAUACUUGUACCAUCAGAGCUUUGGGCCCAUCGAAUACAAAGGGCCGAUGAAUGCUGUUUACAUUGAGAAAUUUGUCCGUCGAGUGAUGACUCCCCUUCACUACGUCUCAUCUCAGUCCAAACUGCAGCAGUUCCUCUCCAGUUACGAGCCUGGCAUCUUGGGAUACUUUGAGUUCAACGCUUCUCCCCAGCCCCCCGGCUACCUGACCUUCUUCGCUUCAGCGCUGCACUCCUUAAACAAAGAUUACCUGGGAACCAUUCACUUUGGGGUGAUCACCGAUAGGCUGCUUGCCAAGGAAAUCGCGCUGACCAACUCCGGCACCAUCUACUUGCAUAGACACGUCAACACAUCCCUUCUUUAUCCCCACGAAACCCUGAACUUCACUGCUGAAAAUGUUUGGAAGUGGGCCAUGGAGAACCGGGAGACCUUCCUCCGCUGGCUGAGACCCCACGGGGGGAAGAGCCUUCUGCUGUACAAUGAGCUGAAGAAGGGGCCGGCCCUUUUCCUCUUCCUGCCCUUCGAUCCACUGGCCGAGAGCCACCCCCUCCUGGAUGAGAUUUCCAAACUGGCCUUAGAGUACAAGAGCUGCAACCGAAGCCAGCAAGAGGACGUGGAGCCCCGGUCCCUGCAGGGAGGGGAUCCCCUAGUGGCUGCCAGUCUCCGCCUCCCCACAGCUGAAAGCUCCUCCAGCCCCCCCUGCUGCAACACAGUGUUGCUGCCUGCCCAGUGGCAUGGCCUCUCCCGGACCCACAACGUCUGCGAGCUGUGCGUCAACCAGACAGGUGGGGUGCAGCCGAGCCCCCUGGUGCGCCUGCGCUGCAGCUUUGUGGCCAUCAAGGCAGCCGUGGACUCUUUCUACCUCAAGAAACAGACCUUCUUCCACGUCGUGUCCAAGACAGUCUCCUGGUGCAGCAACUUCCUCAGCUUCUACAGCCCUUUCAGCUCCUACACUGCCUGCUGCAGGACUGUGAACAGGGACCUGUUGGACUUGGUCAGGGCCAAAGGGGCCCCUUUCCACCCGUGGGAAGUCUCCCUUGCUCCCCAUGGAAAGAGCCGGAAGGAGGGCACUCCCGAAUCUCUUCCUCACAUUGAGGAGCAGGCUGUCCUCUCUGGCUCUGCCGUGGCCGGUCUCGGCUGCAGGACCAACAAGACCCUCAACCUCUACCUGCUGGACUCAAACCUCUUCUGGAAGUACGCGGAGAGGCUGGGGGCCUCUGAUUCUCCCCCGGCGAAGGAGUUUGCUGCCAUCGUGGACCUCCAAGAAGAGGUGCAUUACGUCCUGGGCCAGAAACGGGCCCUCUUCAGAGCCAGUCUUGAAACCUUCAUCCGCAACUACACUGUCCUAUUCAGCCCCUUGAAGAGGCAUCUUGUCGGUGACCCCCGGCCCAGCCAGACCCGCCUGCAGCAGCACCUGGUUCAGGAAAUCACCACCAGCAAUUUCCAGGAGCUGAUUCUGAGGAGCCCAAAGGUGACUCUGGCACGGCACCCACAGCUGGUUCUGGGGACUGCUUUGCAUCCAAAGGCUGUCCUGCUGCUCUAUUACGCCCCCUGGUGCGGCUUCUGCGCCUCUCUCAGCCACAUCUUCAUCCAGCUGGCUCGGAUUCUGCCCCCCAAGCGCUUCAUGGUGGCCAGGAUCGACGUUUCUCAGAACGAUCUCCCCUGGGAAUUCAUGACCGACCACCUACCCAACAUCCUCUUUUUUCCUCAUGAUCGCAAGGACCAGAGCUCCAGGUUCCCUGCGACUUCCCUGAUUAGCGUGCCCAACCUCCUGAAAUUCAUCCUCCGCCACUCCAACCCACCUUUCCUGGCUGCAGGUUGGGGGCCCGGCCUCUGGCAAGAGACUGACCUCCAACAGGCACGCAUCACCCACUUGGAAAAGGAGAUCAGGCUGCUGAAGGCAGAGAUCUGGGCCCUCCACCAGGCCCAGGGGCAGCUGCAGGGACAGCUGUCCGAAACCCGGAGCGAGAGCCAGCGGCUGCAGCGAGAGACCCACGCCCUGAAGCAGCAGCAGAGCCACCAGGAGCAGCUGCAGGGGUUGUGCAGCCAGAGGACCUGGCAGCUGGAGGACAUGGCCGAGAAGCUGCGGAAGCUGGCUGAGGCCUCGGAGACCCUCCUGACUGAGAAUGCCUUCCUGAAAGUCCUGCUGGCCAUUGCAGAGAAACACCGGGCAGCAGAAUUGGGCUCGGAACGCAGCCACCCGCCUGAGGACGCCGCAGGCCUCCCAUCCCCUGGACGGGACAACUUUCCCCAGGUGGAGAAGGAGGGGGCUGCCCCGCUGGACUCCAGGGUCCCCACAGAGCACAGCAAGGAGAAUUGGACAGAGUAGCUCUGCUGAGCCUGGAAUAAACUUUAUUGAAAUGUCUCUAGAAAGCCUCCCUCCUUUUGCUGGACUAGAAAAACAACAGUAUUUUUUUGAUGAGUCAUGGACCCAGAGUGGCAGGUCUCAGGAUUUGUGAAUUUGUCAAAUUGCAGGGAUUGUUCUUUGCACUUUAAAAUUGCACUAAUUUGAUAGAUUUUGUAUCAGUUUAACCUAAAUUAAACAAUUUGGAGGGUG